AUGGCAAACCGCAGGAACGCAGUUAAAGCCUCUCCAGCAUCCUCUUCAAACAUCGUCAUUACUGAGGAAGAACAGUGGCGUCUAGUUCGCGAAAGUGGUGUGCUGAGCAAGGUCAAGAAAGACCAAGACUCGGAAAGGUCAGCGACGGAGAAGCCUGAUGAUGACGGACCAAGUGCACUGGUUGAAGAAAUCUUUGAUGCAUCAGUUUUCAUAAUGCCCAUGACGUUCUUUCUUGUCAUGAUGGAGAUCCUGAUUCAUCGUCAGUAUGGGAAACAACCGAGCUUCGGUGACGUUGCGCAGAAGUUAUUGAGUACCCUCCCAAUCAUGUCUAUUUUCAUGUUUUACACUAUUCGCCAUAAGAACUCGGUUCGUACACAGGCUGCCUUAUUCAUGUUGUCCCUUGGUGUUGGACCAAGGAUGAUCUGGCUCGUCAACCGAGGUUCCUGGCUAACCAACAUUGCUCAGUGUCCGCAAUUUGCAACCAUUUGGCUUUACACCGUCCUUCAAUUGAAUCUGCCCCUUGCAGUUCUCAGCCUCACAUUGAUAGGGGUAUGGACAUGGUGGAUGGGCUUAAAAUUACUGCUAUGA